CAUGUUAUUCUCUUUAGCCUCUCAGUGUUUUGCAAAAUUUUAAUGCAAUAAUUUGUGUUGUUAAGUUUGGGUUAUUAAAUUCCCGGCUUCUCCGUUUCGUGGAGAGGGGAGCUUUAUCUCCAAAUUCUGCCGAGGAGAAGCCCCGCUUAGGCAGCCAUGUACAUCAAACAGGUCAUCAUUCAGGGGUUCCGAAGUUACAGGGAUCAAACUGUGGUAGACCCCUUUAGUCCGAAGCACAAUGUCAUCGUUGGAAGAAAUGGGUCAGGAAAAAGUAACUUUUUCUACGCCAUCCAGUUUGUGCUCAGUGAUGAAUUCAGCCACCUGCGACCUGAACAGCGCCUGGCCCUGCUCCAUGAAGGAACUGGUCCACGUGUCAUUUCGGCUUUUGUGGAGAUUAUAUUUGACAACUCUGACAACCGGCUGCCGAUUGACAAAGAGGAAGUCUCCCUUCGCCGUGUCAUUGGCGCAAAGAAAGACCAGUACUUCUUAGACAAGAAGAUGGUGACUAAGAAUGACGUCAUGAACCUUCUGGAGAGUGCCGGCUUCUCCCGCAGUAACCCCUACUACAUCGUCAAGCAGGGAAAGAUCAACCAAAUGGCCACAGCGCCUGACUCCCAGCGUCUCAAGCUGCUGAGAGAGGUGGCAGGGACAAGGGUGUAUGAUGAACGCAAGGAGGAGAGCAUUUCUCUAAUGAAGGAGACGGAGGGAAAACGAGAGAAGAUCAAUGAGCUGCUGAAGUACAUUGAGGAGCGUCUGCACACCUUGGAGGAUGAGAAGGAAGAGCUGGCUCAGUAUCAGAAGUGGGACAAGAUGAGAAGAGCUCUGGAGUACACCAUCUACAACCAGGAGCUGAACGAAACCCGCGCCAAGUUGGACGAGUUGUCCAGCAAGAGAGAGACCUGUGGAGACAAAUCCAGACAGCUGCGUGAUGCUCAGCAAGAUGCCCGAGACAAAGUAGAGGAGACAGAGCGCGUUGUGAGAGAGCUGAAGUCUAAGAUCUCUGCCAUGAAGGAGGAGAGAGAGCAGCUGUCGGCCGAGCGCCAGGAGCAGAUCAAGCAGAGGACCAAACUCGAGUUGAAGGCCAAGGACCUGCAGGACGAGCUGGCAGGCAACAGUGAACAGAGGAAACGCCUGCUGAAGGAGCGUCAGAAGCUGCUGGAAAAAAUUGAGGAGAAGCAAAAAGAGCUGCAGGAGACCGAACCAAAAUUCAACAUGGUGAAAGAAAAGGAGGAGCGGGGCAUCUCCAGGCUGGCUCAAGCUACUCAGGAGAGGACAGACCUGUACGCCAAGCAGGGCCGUGGUAGUCAGUUCACCUCCAAGGAAGAGAGAGACAAGUGGAUCAAGAAGGAGCUGAAGUCUCUGGACCAGGCCAUCAACGAUAAAAAGAGGCAGAUUGCAGCUAUCCACAAAGACCUGGAGGACACAGAGACAAACAAAGAGAAGAACCUCGAGCAGUACAAUAAACUCGAUCAGGAUUUAAAUGAGGUCAAGACCCGUGUGGAGGAGCUGGACAAAAAGUAUUAUGAAGUGAAGAACAAGAAGGAUGAACUCCAGAGUGAAAGAAACUACCUGUGGCGUGAGGAGAACGCAGAGCAGCAGGCCCUGGCGGCCAAACGAGAGGACCUGGAGAAGAAGCAGCAGCUCCUUCGAGCAGCCACCGGCAAGGCCAUUCUUAAUGGUAUUGACAGCAUUAACAAAGUCCUGGAACAUUUCCGCCGGAAGGGCAUCAACCAGCACGUCAUCAAUGGUUACCAUGGCAUCGUCAUGAAUAACUUUGAGUGUGAGCCUGCCUUUUACACCUGUGUGGAGGUGACUGCUGGGACCAGACUGUUCUACCACAUUGUGGAGACUGACGAAGUCAGCACCAAAAUCCUCAUGGAGUUCAACAAAAUGAACUUGCCUGGAGAGGUCACAUUCCUGCCACUGAGCAAGCUGGAUGUCAGAGACACCGCCUACCCAGAGACCAAUGAUGCCAUCCCCAUGAUCAGCAAGCUUCGCUACAGCCCCAACUUUGACAAGGCCUUCAAGCACGUGUUUGGGAAGACCCUGAUUUGUCGUAGCAUGGAGGUUUCCACCCAGCUGGCCAGAGCUUUCACUAUGGACUGCAUAACUCUCGAGGGUGACCAAGUGAGCCACCGUGGAGCGCUCACAGGAGGCUACUACGAUACCAGAAAGUCUCGCCUGGAGCUGCAGAAAGACAUGAGGAAGGCUGAGGAGGAGCUGGGUGAGCUGGAAGCCAAACUCAAUGAGAACCUGCGCAGGAACAUCGAACGUAUCAACAAUGAGAUCGACCAGCUGAUGAACCAGAUGCAGCAGAUCGAGACACAACAGAGAAAGUUCAAAGCAUCCAGAGACAGCAUUCUGUCGGAGAUGAAGAUGCUGAAGGAGAAGAGGCAGCAGUCAGAGAAGACGUUCAUGCCCAAGCAACGCAGUCUCCAGAGUUUGGAGGCCAGCCUUCAUGCCAUGGAGUCCACCAGGGAGUCACUGAAGGCCGAGCUUGGUACAGAUCUGCUCUCUCAGCUCAGCCUGGAGGAUCAGAGGCGUGUCGAUGACCUCAACGACGAGAUUCGUCAGUUGCAGCAGGACAACAGACAGCUGUUGAAUGAGAGAAUCAAGCUGGAGGGCAUCAUGACCAGAGUGGAAACAUAUCUCAAUGAGAACUUACGGAAGCGCCUUGACCAAGUGGAGCAGGAGCUAAAUGAACUGCGAGAGACUGAAGGCGGCACGGUACUCACAGCCACAACAUCUGAGCUGGACGGCAUCAACAAACGUGUCAAAGAGACUUUGUCUCGAUCAGAAGAUCUGGAUACUCUGAUUGACAAGACAGAGGCAGAGAUCAAGGACCACAUAAAGAGCAUGGAACGAUGGAAGAACAUCGAGAAGGAGCAGAAUGACGCCAUCAACCACGACACCAAGGAGCUCGAGAAAAUGACCAACAGACAGGGCAUGCUGCUCAAGAAGAAAGAGGAGUGCAUGAAGAAAAUCAGAGAGCUGGGUUCACUGCCUCAGGAGGCCUUUGAGAAGUACCAGACCCUCACGCUGAAACAGUUGUUCAGAAAGCUGGAGCAGUGCAACACGGAGCUGAAGAAGUACAGUCAUGUCAACAAGAAAGCUCUGGACCAGUUUGUCAACUUCUCUGAGCAGAAAGAAAAGCUGAUCAAGCGUCAGGAUGAGCUGGACCGUGGAUACAAAUCCAUCAUGGAGCUCAUGAAUGUCCUGGAGCUGCGCAAGUACGAGGCCAUCCAGCUCACCUUCAAACAGGUGUCGAAGAACUUCAGUGAGGUUUUCCAGAAACUGGUACCAGGUGGCAAAGCUACGCUGGUGAUGAAGAAGGGUGACGCUGAAGGCAGCCAGUCUCAGGAUGAGGGAGAGGGGGGUGCAGACAGUGAGAGGGGCUCAGGAUCACAGAGCAGCGUUCCCUCGGUGGACCAGUUCACUGGAGUCGGCAUCAGGGUGUCGUUCACGGGCAAGCAGGGUGAGAUGAGAGAGAUGCAGCAGCUGUCUGGAGGUCAGAAGUCUCUGGUGGCUCUGGCCCUGAUAUUCGCCAUCCAGAAGUGUGACCCAGCUCCUUUUUACCUGUUUGAUGAGAUCGACCAGGCCCUCGACGCCCAGCACCGAAAGGCUGUCUCAGACAUGAUUGUUGAGCUGGCCGGUCACGCUCAGUUCAUCACCACCACCUUCAGGCCUGAGCUGCUCGAGUCUGCUGACAAAUUCUACGGUGUCAAAUUCAGAAACAAGGUGAGUCACAUCGAUGUGAUCACGGCCGAGCAGGCUAAAGACUUUGUGGAGGAUGACACCACCCAUGGUUAAUAGUCUUCUGCUCUUCAUCAUCCUUCUCGCCUCCUCCUCCUCCUCCUCCUCCUCCUCCUCCUCCUCUGCCUCUACAGUGCACUGUAGCCUUCUACAACAAGGCCCAAAGACCGAAAUCUCUCUAAAUCCUCUUUUUUUACAAUUUUAUUUAGUCCUGUUGAAGAUAAACAAUGCAGCAUGUCGAAGCUUCUCAGAGCAUCUUUGAAGUCGGGAUAGAUAACACUCAGAAAAACCAUUUUAAGAUUUUAAAUCAUUUAAGGCUGAUAAAAUAUAAAAAUGCUCUCAUUGUUGAAAACCUUUAAGCAGCAGCACUGACAACUAGGAGCAGUGUAGUUACUUUACACUAAACAAACUCCUCAUUUGGUCUGAACAGGUCUUGAAGACUUCAAGCACUUCAAGUUAGCGUCACUGUUAAGAAUCUUUUUUGUGUUGAGUUUUUCAGAACCGGUCAUCUGAUAUGAAACCAGAGAUGCUCUCAGAGGUAACAAGCUUUCAGGAUCUUGGCAGAAAACAAAUCCUCUUGUGUACAGUUCAGUGUUUUGAUAUGACUUAGACAACAAUUGUUAAACUGAAAGCUCUGAGGAGAUUUGGGGAGUCUUAUGGAUGUUUGUUUUUGUUGCCACCUUUGAAAAAUACCUUCAUCAGAGUUCCUUUUUUACUCUGAGGUAUCUGUAAUGUAUACUCUUUGUACUCCUUAAACAUUGCUAACAUGUUAUCUGUCAUAAAAGCCGCGUGGCUUAAAAUGUUCAAAGGUUGUGGUUCCUUUUUAUGGUUGUUACUGUACUGCGUAAUUUCUUGUCUGUAGGUCAUUUGAA